GCAGCAGCGGAGACAGAAGGCGCGCAGGAUGGAGAGGCUGGCAGUGUUGUUGCUCUUGCUCAGCUCGCUGACUUUGGGCUCAGAGACCUCCCCACUCUUGACGGAAAAACAAGCUAAGCAGCUGCUGAGAUCCCGGCGGCAGGAAGCGCCCCGCAAGCCAGGCUUCCCUGACGAGCCCAUGCGGGAGUACAUGCUCCAUCUGCUGGCCCUGGAGCACCGCGCUGAGGAGCAGUUCCUGGAGCACUGGCUGAACCCACACUGCAAGCCCCACUGUGACAGGAACCAGGUCCACCCCGUGUAAGGGGGCUGGGAGCAGCCUGCAAACAUUGUGAUAGGUGAUGACCCGGAUAAUGUCAACACAGGAUGGACUUCUUUCAUUGGUUUUCAAAUUGUGGUGAUGGAUUUCUUCAGAUUUGGUGAUGGGUGGUUGUGCCCAAGCUUGCCUUGGGCCUGCCAAAUAUAUACGCUGCUUCAUUAUUCUAUCCUGCACAAGUCAUUGCAAUGAAUAGCUUUUAAGGUGUAGAUCCCAAGUUCCCAACAUCUUCCUACUGGAUGAUAAGGCUGAGCAGAUGCAGACUCUUUCCUGGGGCUGAUGAUGCUGGGAGCUCUGGACUAGGAACCAGGGACGGCUUGUUCAGAGAAGUGACGCAUACCACUUGGGGCUGUUGAGUUUUUGCUUGACCAUUUGUCUCUUUCUUUCUCUAUUCCAAUAAACAUUGAUGUCAGAUCUGCUUU